CCACUGGCUCCCGGGGCAUGCGUGCCGGCAGUGGCGGGAGUAUUUGUCCCUUUCUAACGUCAGUAUUGCGUUCUCUGUUCCGCGAUCAUUGCCACUGUAACAACCUACCCCUGUCACUUUCAGCCCCGGUCUCCCCUACUAGUUCCUUUCUGUCAGAGCCAAUGUGAAGAUGUCCGACACCGAAACCGAAAUUGCUCUAAGCGCUUUUACAGUGCGUAUAAUUUAUAUUUGUUAUUGAAAAAAAGGAAAAAGCCACGUCAAAGGAGAUGGUGGAUGACAACGCAUGAUAAAACACGGUACCAACUUCGAAUACCUGCUACAAUUGAUUGGACCAAGAAUAAAAAAACAAGAUACGGUAUUCAGAGGAUCGAAGCCAGCUAAAGUACGCCUGGCUGUGACACUUAGAUUUUUAGCAACUGGCGAUUCAUUCAAAAGUCUUCAUUACUUAUUCAAGAUUUCCCCAGAAGUUAUAUCACUGAUCGUGCCCGAAGUCUGUAAAGCGCUAUGUGAGGCACUGCGUUCUUUUGUAAAGAUGCCUCAAAAUGAUCAGGGAUGGCUUGAAGUUGCUAGAAGCUUUGAAACAAAAUGGCAAUUUCCACAUUGUUUGGGUGCUAUAUAUGGCAAACACAUAAAAAUAGAGUCACCUAUUAAUAGUGGAUCAGAGUUCUAUAACUAUAAACACAAUUUCAGUAUAAUAUUAGCAGUAGUUGAUAGUGAAUACAACUUUUUAUUUGCCGACGUAGGAACACAUGGACGAAUGAAUGACGCUGGAGUUUUUAAUGAUAGCAUACUUUAUAACAAAAUAUAUGGUUCCAAUUCCAAUUUUCCGGAAGACACUCCUCUAUACCUGACCGACAUCUUCCUGUGCCCUAUGUUUUUGUGGCAGAUGGAGCUUUUGGAUUAUCUACCGGCAGCUGGCUCAGCAAAUAGAAAAUUCAAUAGCCGACUUUCACGCGCUCGUGUUGUGAUUGAAUGUGCAUUUGGAAUAAUGACAUCGGUGUUUCGAGUGUUGAAAACCAAUAUGCUGCUACAACCCGAAAAAGCAUCUAUUGACUUUUCGUUGUACUUCAUAAUUUUUUAAAAAACACCGAGUACUCUUGACGGAUGUAUAUGCCAGAGGGUCACAUAUAUAAUGUUUUACAAGAGCAACAAUUAAGGUCCUUAGAUCAAAUACCAAUAAGAGCAACCGAAAAUGCAAGAGAAAUAAGAAAUGAAUUCGCAUCAUACCUUUACUCACAUUGAAUAAACUAUGUACCAAAGC